AAGUGUUUUGAUUGCCAAACAAACUAAAUCUGAAAAAGUUUCUGAACAAGCUCAUUGAGCAAGUUCCAAAAAAUUUUUUAAACAAAAAGUCAACAUUUUGAUUAAAUAAAAUUUAUUUCUGAUUUACCCUUUGAGAUAGUAAGACAUUAUUUUCAAUUAUUAUAAAUAUGGAGUUUCCACAUCUUGGAAAACAUUGUAGUAAACAAUAUUGUAACAAAUUAGAUUUCUUACCUAUUUCAUGCGAUGGCUGUGAUGAUAUUUUCUGCUCCGAACAUUAUUCCUACAUCCAACACGAUUGUCCUAACGCAAAUAAAAAAGAUAAUCAAGUUCCGAUAUGCCCUUUGUGUAUGAAGCCUGUGUCAUGUGUAAAAGGACAAGAAGAUAGAGCUGUGAGCGAGCAUAUUGACAGUUAUUGUAAACAGCAAACAAAAAUCUACACCAAUAGUUGUACAUUUGGAAAGUGUAAAAAGCGAGAGCUUGUUCCAUUUAAUUGUAGUACUUGCAGACAAAAUUUCUGUUUGAAACAUCGACAUGCUGAUGUCCAUCAAUGCAAAGGAAAAUCUCAUGCCCAACGAGAAAUGUUGGCUCAAGCAGCUUUACGUAGGGUUCAAGGAAAUCAAAACAACAAUCAUGAAGUCUUCAAAAGUGUUCAAGGAACAAUGAGUGAAGAUGAAGCUUUAGCUCGCGCAAUAGCAGCAUCUAUGCAAGAUAAUCAUCAAAGUCCAAUAACUGUCGGAGACAGUGCAUCUUCAAGUCAUGAUAAGAAUAAGUGUGCUAUUUCAUAAGUCUCCUUAAAAACCUGGUCGAGUGUUUCGCUUAUAUACAAAAAAAGUUUUUGGUCCAAUUCAUUAAUUCAAUUAAUUUGUCGCUUAAUGUUUGAUAAAUUCAUAUUUACACUGUUAUUUACAAUUCCAUUCCCUUGAAACUAUUAUGUACUGAAUAAAGUUUGAAAUUACUAUCAGAUCAUACAAAAA